CCUUUCAGCCUGUAAUUGUGUUCAGGGUCAGUGCAGGAUCUUCCAUGUCAGUUCCUCCUGCAGGGCACGUGGGCGCCUGGGCGUGCUGCUGGCUUGCUUUCUUUUAGGAGGCUGGGAUGAGGAAGGCUCUGGGGGUUUUUGUCAAGGAGAUGAUAUUUGAGUGACCGUGUACAUGCUCAAAGGCUCACAGACUGACCAGCCCAUGGCAGGACUGACCAGUGCUGGGAGGGCUGCACCUUGCUGCCCUGCUUAGAGGUGUUAAGCUGCUCCUUCACCUCGGAGACAGCCAAGUACAACACUUUUGUGCAGAAACACUCUGUUAGCCCUGGUUUGCACAGCUGCAGCAACUGGGAUGGUUGGAGCACCCCUUUCUGCACUUGGAAACCAGCUGAGUCAUUCACGGGACAGGGCUGGGAAUUCCCCACAUUUGCCCAUUUGGAAUUCCCUCUGCCCCGAGCGUGUCACAUCCCGCUCCUCAGUGACAUCCCACCCAGCCUGGAACAUGGAACUCCCCGUUUCCAAGGACACGUGGCCAUUGUCACCGGCACACAGCAGGCCCGCUCAGACCCUUCCGUGGCUGCAGCGAGAGUGGGGGUGUCACAGUGCUAGGGAGUGUUGCUCCAAAUUGCUUGGUUCUAGCACAAGGUGAUCAAGAGGCCAAUCCACGCACUGAGUGGAGAUUUUGUGACAGAAGCAGUGGCUGUGUGGGAGCGGGAGCAGCCAAGGCAGAGCCGGAUGGCCGAGCAGAGAGCCUGGGCACGAUCCACCAUGUUCCACAGGGCUCUAAUCCACACUGCGCCCCGCAGGGCCCCCAGCACCACUGCCAUGCCCGUCAGGGUGACCCAGAGGUCCCAGGACCAACAGCCAAAUACCGGGGAGGCGUCACACACUGGAAGUGCGCAGGUUGUCAAAUUGUCUAACCCACUUGGAGCAGAUGUCAAAAGAGCUGAACCGAGCGCUUCAUGUCCUGAACCAGAGGGAAAAAAAGCAAAGCCCAUGAAGCCUGCAGACAGUGAACAAAAUCCUUGCACUGCUGUUUAUCACCGACCCUACAAGGACAGGGUGAUUCACUUACUUGCUCUGAGGGCUUACAAGAAGCCAGAGUUACUCGCUCGCUUGCAGAGAGAUGGAAUCAAGGAAAAGGACAAGGGUACCCUUGGAAAGAUCCUCCAUCAGGUAGCCAACCUGAAUCUAAAGGAUAAUUCCUACAGUCUGAAGGAAUAUCUGUUGGAAAGCAUUCAGAACAAUUGGCCUGGCUAUACUGAUGUAGACAGAGAGAAUUUGAAGUUGAUACUUUCCAGAAAAACAGCUCCAUCUCAGAACACAAGCAGCACCAGCCAAGAGCCAUCUCUGGAAGCUUCUAAGAGAGAUGCUUCAGCAAGGCCUGCUCAGGUAGUUUGUGCAUUUUUAACAUUCUGGAGUGUGUAUGAAGUUGCAGCACACUUGCUAAAUAGCUUUCACACACUUGCUGCUGGUGUAAAAGCUGUGCUGGGAAUGUGCAGGACCUGGCCAAAGCACGUUAGUCAGUAAUUCUGACUGCUGGCACAGGAAGGUUGUGAUCAGAAGAGAGGCUCCUGCAGGGCUCAAGCAGCAGCGUCCUGAGCCAACUUGCUGCUCUGCCUGGAGCCUUGAGCUCAGUCUCCACCCUCAACUCAUUCCCUGCAGAAGGGC